AUGCAAAUGGCACUUUUGUUAAGAGGUGGAGCACUUGCAGAUUCCACCUUUCGUUUGUGUUCUUUAACUUCAACAUCUUCUUUACAUGUCUCUCAAAAUGUUGUCAUACCCAACUCAUCAUCAUCACCAACACUAUCUUUGAUUGCAAGUAGAUUUAAAACGGCAAGUAGAAACAAGAUAAUUUGCUCUGCAGUUCAAGAAUCAUCUACUACUAGUACAUCAGCUACUGCUGAAACAAAGGAGGAGGUAAAGGCAGCAGCUCCAAAGGCAACAACAGAGAAGAAGGCUCCUCCUGCUAAAGCUCCGGUCAAGCCUUUACCUCAAAUGAUGGAAGAGGAUGUGAUUCCUUCAUUGAAAACAAUCUUAGAAUCCAAUAAAGAUCUCUCUGAUAUUGAGUUGGUUUUUCAGGACAAUAAGUUGGAAGGUUCCUUUCUGAAAAAAGGGAAUCCUUAUUCAUUUUGGGCAUUUUUUCCCACAGGAAUUACUGGUCCAAAGGGGUUUUCACUGUCAUCUUAUAACUCAGGGGCAAGCACUGUUGAACCGUUUCUCGUUGAUGAGAAGAAAAUUACUUCAAAACACAUUGUCUUUUGGGUUGAAAAACGUUUGGCAGCACAGGGGAUUAUUCCUGUAUGGAAAGAUUGA